UAUAAUUUAUGAUCUGUAUAAAGAGAAACCUCCUAUUCCACGACUCGUUUUCAGUUGAGUUUCUGUAGGAUAGAAUAAGAUUAUAGAAUGUAGAAGCUUUAUAAGUAUAUUUUAGUCGAAGAAGAUGGUUCAACACACAAUAAAACUGGUUGAGGACACACCUAUUGAAUGGAAGUUGUCCAAAUGUUAGUAAAAGUUGACUGGGUUUGGCAUUUUGGUGAAUGGUUCAUGGGAAUAUUUCGAGAUGGAGAAGAGCCACUUAGAAUUAUUCAAAUAGUUCCUGGACGGAAAAAUCUCGUAUCGAAACAUUCACAAAAUCUACCAAAUGAUUUCAUUUUGUGGUAGGGGAACUUAUGGACAUGUAAUUUGUGGUUGUUAUUUGUUAUAGGUAUUUAAAUAUUAGAAUCGUUUGACUGACGAGUAUGUGGCUUGCAAAUCUCUGAAGAUGGGGAGUGCCUACAAAUAUGAAGUAAGUAAUGGUUAGAUUAGUAUAGGACUUUAUGAGAGAAGUGAAGGCAUUGUAGACUUUAAAACAUCCGAAGAUAGUUAAAAUGAAGGAAUAUUAUGUGGAUUCUAAACAUUUUUAUAUAGUGAUGGAAUAUUUGGAAGGUAAGUCACUUAAGUAAUUGUUGAGAUCGAGAAUUCUGGUGGAGCAAGAGAUCUUUAUAAUAUUAAAAGUAAGUAUCCAAAUUAUUUUAGCAAAUAUUGGUUUGUGUUAAUUACAUUCAUAAGGAAGGGUACGUAUAUAGGGACAUAAAAUAAGAAAACGUUUUAUUUGGAGAAUCUGACAAUUUGCAAACUGUGAAGCUGACAGAUUUUGGAUUGGCAGAGAAGAAGGGUGAUAUGGGGGGAUGGGAAAACAGAGUGUGUGGAACCCCGGGGUAUUUGGCUCCAGAAAUGUUUAAGCCUCAAAAUACAUGUGAUGAGAAGAUUGAUAUCUUUGGAGUGGGAGUGAUUUUGUGGGAAAUGUAAAAGAUGUAAAUUAUAAUAGGAUCCAUCAUUGUAAGUUUUUUUAAGGAGGCAAUUUAGAUGAGGUCUUUAAAUUGAAUGAAGGAUACAAAUUUAGCCAAGAGUACACACAGACUAUUGAGAAUCCCACUUUGAAAUAUUUAGUGGAGAGGAUGCUAUAAUAGAAUCCUUAAGAAAGAAUCUCUUGUGCUGAAGCUUUGAGUUAUUUGAGUUCGGCUGAGAGGAAUAGUUGUGAAUGCGGGAAGGAUUAUGACAAUAUUAGUACAGAUUGAGUAAAGAGAGAGGAGAUACAUACAUUUUGACUAUA